AUUCGUAGGUCCUAUUGAUAAUGGAAGAAGAAGGAUUCUAUACUAAUUUGAUGAAUGAGGGCAACGAUUCCUUAGAUUGGGAUAGUUUGAGUAGUAUGCCUGUGGAGGAUGAUAUGAGUAACCAGCUUGAUGAGAAUGGCAUGAGUAGCAAGCCUGUCACGCAGCAGUUCCCCACUGCUGAGAGGACUACCGUGGCUAGACCAAAUCAAAAAAGAUCGAAGAAUUUUAGCGAACAAGUAGAUAAGAUACUUGUGUCGGCGUGGUUGCAUGUAAGUUUGGAUCCAGUGCUAGGCACAAAUCAAACUCGUGCUGCAUAUUGGACUAGAAUAUACGAGCACUUCUACAAAACGAGUAAAUCCACACCAGAUCGCAGCCAGAAUUCACUUAUGCAUCGUUGGAAAACUAUACAAGAGAAUGUCAACAAGUUUUGUGGAUAUCUGAGCCAGAUUGAGGGUAGAAGGCAAAGCGGGGUUAGUAUACACGACAAGAUUUCUUAGGCAAUUGCUGUAUUUAAGGAGUUGGAAGGAAAGCCCUUUCAAUUUCUUCACUGUUGGACUCUCUUGCGGUCACAAUCUAAGUGGCAUGAUAAGAUGAAGCAAAUAACAUCCCAGAAACCAUGUGCCACAAACAGACAGAAGCCAAGCACAGAUGGUUCAGCAAAAGCUAUACCCACAAAUGAUGAAACUACCAAUCAUGUUGGCGAAGAUAAUGAACCUACAGAGACCGAAGAGCCAAAGAGACCGAUGGGUAAGAAGAGGGCCAAAGAGCAGUUGAGGCGUGGUGGAGGUGAAACAUGCACAGAUGCUUUUGAUCAUUUGUGGGAGAAAAAAAAAGAAGCUGACGCAGAGAAGGAGAGAGAUGAGAGGCACCAAAAGUCAUAUGAACUAGAUAAGCAGAGGCUUGAGUUAGAUAAAAAAAAGGUCGCGAAUGAGAUGGAUGAGAUACAGUUGAAGAGGAUAUUAGAAGAAGAGAGAAUUAUGACAAUGGACAUUUCUUCCAAGCCUCUCUCACAGCAGCAAUUCUACAAGUGUGUACAAGAUGAGAUCAUCUCUCGUCGCAUGAACAGUUCUGGUUGAUAGGUUUGUGUUUCAUAACAGUUUACAUUCAGUUGAGUGCCUGUGUCCAUGCAUAUACUUGUUCUUGUGUCCAUCUUGUUGAAAUGCUGCCUUUGCACAGCUACACUACACCAUCUGAUUCUUAAAUAUGUUGCAUGAUCCACUAAUACAUGGGACUACAUAUAUUUUUAAAUAUGCUGCAUGAUGCACUGCCAAAUGUUGGUCUGAACUUUGGUCUGUACAUGUAUUCUGAUUCAUUUUCACUCCAUCUCAUUGCUAUCAACAGGGAAGCCACCAGAUCAGAGAAUGGGAGGGAAGGAGAUGGCAAUAUUUGGUGGCAAUCGUACUUGGAGUUCAUAUUAGUGAAGAUUUGUUAGAAAUUUACCUAGGUUUACUAAGUCUGUGCAAUGCAAACUAUUUAUAUUCACAAUUGUGUCUAUUUUGUGUGUCUAAAUUAGGUGAGUUUACUAAGUUUGUGCAAUGCAAACUAUUUAUAUUCAAAAUUGUCUAUUCAGUACUUGGGUAA